UGUGGGCUUCACCUAUUCUUCUUUACAACAACCUAUUAGUUAUAAAUGGAUUUUUUUUUUUUAAAUUGAAAUCAUAUUGCACCAAAACAAUGACAUGAAUCGUUUGAUUAUACAAUGAAUGUGAUAAAUGUAUUUAUAUAAGGGUUGUGACAUUACAUGUUUAUAUGUGAAUGAUAUGCUCAUAAUAGGAAGUUGGAACAAAAAAAAAUGUGAUAAGUCCCAUAAAUUUGUGUGCAGGUAAACGUGUGCUAAGAUGUUAAUAUCAAUUAAAAAUAAACAAGUAAUAAAAUUAGAAAUUCGUAUAUUCUCAAUAUAAAAUUCUUUUAGAAAAAAAAAACAUAUAUACACCAAUGACAUGUUUAAUUACCUGGAAAAAGAAUGAAAGAAAAGAAAUGUAUGAUUUCAACUCAUUCCUCAUUUUGACUUCGACUCCUUUUAUUCCGAUCGUUUCUCGUUCUGAUUUCGUGUAGGGUUUGUAAUAAAUGAAGGAAUUAGUAUAAAAAAGAGAAAACAAAAACAAAUAAAAUCACAUGUAUGUAUCGUAUGGAAAAAGUAAAAAGAAACAAACAAAAAAGCGAACUUGUUCAAUGUUUAGGAACAGAGGCGCAUUGCCGCACAAGAAAAGAAAGUGAUUUUCCUUUUCGAAUUCCCUCGCUCAGCUUCAUCAGAUCUCUUCCCCUUCUACUUUAACCCUCCAAAAUCGUAGACACACACACAGAAGUACUGAAACUUGUAGUCAGAGAAAUUGGGCUGGAUCAGAAAAAGCAGAGAAAAAGAAACAUGGGUUGCAGAAACAGAGAGUUCACAGACGACGAGACUGUCUCUUCUUCUUCAUUAAGUGAGGCCUUGCUUUUUGCCACCAUGUGCAUCAUUGGUCUCCCAGUCGAUGUUCACGUCAAGGACGGCUCUGUCUAUUCUGGAAUAUUCUACACCGCCUCUGUGGAGAACGAAUACGGUAUUGUUCUGAAGAAAGCAAGGAUGACUAAAAAGGGAAAGAGUGAUGCUAAUGUAGGAAAUGGGACAUUGAUUGACACUCUAGUAAUUCUCUCAGGUGACCUUGUUCAAGUUGUUGCUAAGGGAGUUUUGCUUCCAGCGGCUGAUAUUGCUGGAAAUAUGGCUGGUGACGAAACUGAAGCUGUUACGGGUACUGUUCCUUCUGAUGUUUGUAUAAAGAAUGAUGCGAAGAAGCCAAUUGAGUCUGCCAUAAAUAAGAAGAAAUUGAACGGUGUCAGCAGGGGCGCAAUGCAAAAUGGCAAUGGACUUGCUCAUGGCGUCACCUUCACAGGAGCUGGAAAGGAACAUGAAGGGAGGAAUUUGCCACUGAAACAUGGUGGGAAUACCAUGGAAGUUGAACAUGGGAAAGGUGAAGGGAUGAACUUAUCAGAGUGCAAAAUGCUUCUGCAGGCUGAUAAAGUUAAUGAUAAAAAGAUGACAUCAAAGCGAUUGCCUUCCGGAGUAUCUUGUGAUCCUGUUACUGUAAUUGUUAAUUCAGACAAUCAAUGCUGUGAAAGGACAACUUCAGCAGACAUUUCUUCUGAUGUUGUUUCUUCAGGUGUCUCAACUUCAUUUAAUCCAGCUGCAGAUGCUUCUUGUCGACGUUUGGUGGCAACAUCAACUGAAAUGGUCCAUCCUCAGGGUCCAGAAUUUAAUAGAAGUGCCAAGGAAUUUAAGCUCAACCCAGGAGCAAAAACAUUCUCUCCAUCUUUUACAAAGCCCAUAACAUCAACCCCUCCUUCGGUGCCAACAGUGGUGAGCAUGGGUUAUAUACCAAACAACUCCCCCAUGGUAGCUGUUCCUGCUGCUCAGCCAGAAGUCGGAUCAAAUCCUUUCCCAUCUCGUUCAUCUGUGCCUGUUAAGGUGGUCCAGUACAAUAAUUUCACCAAUGGACAUGGUGGCAGUGGUUCUCAAUUUUCACAACCUAUUGUUGGACACGUGGGAAGCAGGGUGCAGACGCUUAGGUAUCCUGUUCAGGCUGGACCUACCUAUGUGCAUCCAAAUUCUCAAGCUGUUAUGGUUGGACGGUUCGGGCAGGUUGUAUACAUGCAUCCAGUUUCUCAAGAUUUGGUUCAGGGUGCAACGGCUAUGUCACCACUGCCUGCUCGUCCUGUGUUGACCCCACAUCAGGUCCAGUUUCCGAAGCACCAAGGACCUGCAGCAGCCCAAGCUUUUCAGCUGUGUGCGCCUCCGCCGUUCAUGGCUACUGGACAGCAGCCUUUCCCCAUUGCCAAGACACAUCCCCUUUUUGCAACCUCCCUUCCCUUCUAAUUGUCUCAUUUAAGUCCCAGGAUCUAAUGAUCUUGUUGAUCCUAAGUUUGGGUGAAUAUCGGUUUCUUUCACUAGUCACCUCAGCUAGGGGUUCUUUUCCCCAUCCUUAUAUAUUAUAAUUCUAGAAAAUUUUGGCCUUAAAUUCUUUUACUGGACAAGAGUCCAGUCAACCUGUAUUCGCUCAGAGUGUUUUUUCUAUACAUAAAAGACGGACAACUUUUGCACUAGGGUUUCUGUCAAACCUGGUUAAAGGGCGUGUAGCCUUCAUUGUUUUUUGAAAUAUGUAGGGAUCUUGUCUUCUACAAAAAGGGAGUGGGUUUCAUGCUUUUCCUUGAAUAAUUUUGUCAAUAAGAGUAACAUGUAAAGUAUUUGAACAAGAGAUGCAUUGAUUCGAUUGACUGUUUUUUGGAUACAUGAUUCGUUUGAUUGUAAAAUGUUAUAUCCCCUCAUGUUUAUAUGUUCCAACUGAUUGCCCGGAA